GACACAUCACUCUGGCUCGUAUGUGUGUAACCUGAUUUGAUGUCCGGUCGGCUCUGAUUGAAAGUCAUGGCAGGUCCUGAUCUGAUUAAAACUCUUCUGUACACCAUCAAUAACCUGCUGCAGCAACAGAAGUACAAAGCGGCGUUGGCGGUGCUGAAAGGAUUCAGAAACGGCGCCGUAUAUGGGGCCAAAAUCAGAGCUCCACAUGCCCUGGUAAUGACAUUUUUAUUCAGAAGUGGCAGUCUGAAGGACAAGCUCAGAGCCAUUUUAAAGGCCACGUACACCCACUCUCGCAACCUGGCAUGCUUUGUGUUCACGUACAAAGGACUGCAAGCCCUGCAGGAGAAGUGCCAGGGAAAGAGUUUGCAGUCUCACUCCUUUCUGGCGGCCUGUGUUGGAGGCUGGUUAGUGUUUGGAGAUAACAACAACAUCAACAGCCAGAUCAACAUGUACCUGCUGUCCAGGAUCCUCUUCGCCCUGUCUCGGCUGGCCGUAGAGAAAGGAUUCAUCCCGCAGCCUAAACACGACCCUUUCCCCCUCUUCGCCACGCUGGUGUGGGGCAUUGUCUUGUGGCUGUUUGAAUAUUACCCUCACACCCUCCAGCCCUCACUGCAGUCCUCAAUGAACUACCUCUACCAUGACAGCAACGUGUGGCAUGACAUAACGGACUUCCUUGUUUAUAAUAAACCAAGGACUACUGCUUAGACAUGACGUUUUUUCUCACAAUGGACCAGCUCACUACAGUACAUGACCUGCAUUCUUUUUUUUUAAUAUAAUUAUGAAUAUUCUGAAUAUUAUUGAAUGUUGCCUUUGUAAAAUUAUUGUUUGAUUUUAGUUUGUACGGAAGGAUUUUGUCUUGUUGGUCAAUGUUUGAUUCAAUGACGUGUAUGUUCUUGUGUGUAAGCUCACACUGAGUUUCCAGCUAAAGAGGUACACCAGUGUGUUUAAGUACUGUUAUUAUUAUUUGAAAAAAUCUGAUUGUUUUCCUGCUGAUGUUCUGGGUGAUUGUACAGUUUUGUCUGAUUUUAAUUUCCAGGAGUGUGUCGCUAAAAACAGCUGCCACAGAAUAAAAGACAAAAGAUGUUUAAUGCAGGUAAGACUCAAGUUCUGUUAUCUGUUGCGAACAGAAACUGAUGUCAGUGUUUGCACUAUCAUAAAGUGAUUUGGUGUGAACACAAUCAAUAAAAACUAAAAUAAAGACAUAUUUUAAAAAUA